CGGGUUAUAGUGGGAACUUGGAAUCAGUAUUCCUAUUGGUUUCCCCAGGAAUCACGCCGAGGACGGAACUUUAUGGUCAACAGACGUCCCCUCGGCUCCAAUAUACCGAAGCGACGCAGCCGACGACCCCACGCGGUCUAUCGUGGGGCUACCCGAUCUCCUAUGUAUAUUAUAGAAGCCAUCAACCUCAUUCGUCUAACUAUGUGUGUAAGAAGAAGAAGAAGAAUUAGACGUUGUUCAAUAAGGAAUAUUACAUAUUGGAAUAUAGAUUGCAAUGUCUUUUCCCAAGGUCCCCCCAAGCGGCGUUUGGGCCCCAGCCGUUAGCUUUUUUAACCCCGAGACUGAUACCCUAGAUACUGAAUCUCAAGCAACCUACUACUCCUACCUCUCCAAGUCUGGCCUUACCGGGCUUGUCAUCUUGGGAACCAAUGCCGAGACGUUUCUUCUGACCCGCGAGGAGCGGAAGACGCUACUUGCAACCGCCCGUAAAGCAGUGGGGCCGGAUUAUCCAAUCAUGGCGGGCACCGGCGGUCAUUCUACUCGUCAGGUCCUGGAGUUCAUCGCCGAUGCUGCCGAGGCCGGCGCCAACUACGUUCUAGUUCUACCCCCAGCCUACUUCGGUAAACUCACUACUCCCGCCGUAAUCGAGAACUUCUACGCGGACGUCGCUACCAAGAGUCCCCUUCCCGUGGUGAUAUACAACUUCCCGGGCGUUUGCAACGGCGUUGAUCUAGACUCUGCAACUAUUUCUAAACUGGCAAAAACGUACAGCAAUAUUGUUGGCGUGAAGCUAACCUGCGGCUCCGUAGCCAAGGUCACACGACUUGCCGCAGAACUCCCGUCGGAGCGUUUCGCAACUUUCGGGGGACAGUCCGACUUCUUGAUUGGCGGUCUCAGCGUGGGCUCUGCAGGAUGUAUUGCCGGCUUUGGCAACGUAUUCCCUAAGACUAUCUCACACGUCUACAAGCUGUACAAAGAAGGGAAAUAUCAAGAGGCUUUAGCGCUGCAACAAAAGACUGCAUUGGCUGAGCAAGCUACUAAGGCCGGCAUUGCUGCAACGAAAUAUGGGGUUGCAAUUCACACAGCAAGAGCGGCGGGCAUUGAGGGUGCAGUUAAGAAGUUAAAGCCGCGGCGACCAUACAUCGAGCCUACCGAUGCAGCCAAGAAGGCUAUUGCGGCUGAGACAGCUGAAUUGGCGAAGAUCGAGAGUAGUCUAUAGUCAGAAAUAAACGUACGAGUCGUCACCUCUUAAUAGGUCUUACAGGCAGUCAGGGACGCAAACCAAGGCCUAAUAUGAUACAAGAUUCAGGACAUUUAGAAAAACAUCAAGCGUAUCUAUUUAAAUGCCAUAAUCAUGAGUCUGGCUACCUAGUUAACUAUAGGCUCUUCUCUGAUAAUCACUUAAUUUCACCACUCCAACUUCUGCAUCCAUCA